CGAGCAGCUCUGCCUGGAAAACCAGCCCUGGAGUGUUAUUCCAGCCUCCUGUCCCACCAGGGGAGAGCCAGGAGAGACUUAAUUUGCUUAAGAAGCCUGUGUAGGUCUCACAGUCACUUCAAAAACCAGUCCCAGUCCCUGCUGGGGGUCCCUGGACCCUCCCCCAGCACUGCCCACUCACUCCAGGGAAGAACAAAGAGUUCCUGCUCCCUGUGUUGGUUUUCCAGGCAGCUCCAGCCUCGGAGGGUCCCCAGGCUGGGCUGGGGGUCCCUGUCCUGGGAAGCCCUGUGGGUUUUAGUCCCUCAGACAGAGCUGUCCCGUUGCUGCCCACCCCCAGCUCCCUGCUGGGGACUGGGCAGCGGAUCCAGGGUGUUAAUUCCAUGUUUUAAUUGCCGGGUUGGUUUUCCCGUGGUUGGUCUGUCGUGUGGACUCGGCUCCGGGCUCGUGGUGUGAGCCAGGGGGGGAAAAUUCCUGGCUGGGAAAAUUCCUGGCUGGGGCUGGUGGGAACUGUCCCAGGCUGUGGCAGGACCCGUCACCUCCUCUGGGCAGUGUCCAAGGGGUGUCUCAGUGCUGGGCAUCCUCGGCUUCCAGUGGAAUUUGAGGGAAAUGAGGGGACCUGCUGUCCCAGGACGGGCCGGAGCAGAGCUGGGGCAGGGCAGGAUGGGGGGAAUGAGGGUCCCUGGUCACCACGGGGGUGAUAAACUCGAUUUUACAGCGUUGGCUUUGAGCUGGUGGCCAGGUUUUUUGGGAGGGGGAGAUGGCAGCUCUGCUGUGAGGGCCAGGAAGGGACUGGGGGUGUGACGGGGGGGGACACGGGGACCCCUCUGCCCAACUGGGGCAGGGACCCCCCCGGGCUGUGUGUCCUGAGGGCAGGGCACUGUGUGAGGCAAGACUUUGAUGGUUUGAUGUGCUGGGAGUUGAUGGCCUUGAGAGAGAAGCAUCGGUUGCAUCAAAAAAAGCUGAUUUGGGGGGAGGGAGGAAGGGGAGACCCGGCCCUGUAUCCGCCCCUGGAUCCAGGGGGGGAUGUCUGUGCCAUGUGGGGCUUCCCAGCAGCUUUGUGUGGGAAGAGCAGCCACCAGGGAUGGUUUGGGGUGGGGAGAGCAGCCCCUUCCCUGCCACCAGGGAUGGUUUGGUGUGGGAAGAGAAGCCCCUUCCCUGCCACCAGGGAUGGUUUGGGGUGGGAAGAGCAGCCCCUUCCCUGCCACCACGGACGCUGUUGUUGACCCUGGACGGUGUGGAGAUGUGGGAGAGGCUGUGGGAGCAGCACCAAGGGGUUAACAGGUCCCCAGGGGGGAGCCUGGAGGGACUCACACCCUCUGCCCAAUCCCGGGAAUCCCUCUGUGCUAAUUGAGCACUAAGCAGAUCAAAGGCUCCAAUCAGGGAAUCAACACCCCCCUGGCCUCAUCUCCGGGUCCCCAGCCCGGGCUGCCCUUUGUCUGGAGAAGGAGAGCAGGGCAAUGUGGCUUCUCCCCAGCCUGGCCUGGGCUCUCCUGAGCCCCGUCCUGGGGUCGGAGCUGAGCGUGCAGGAGAGUUUGUUGUUGAAAUCCUUGGGCCUGAGCACCAAGCCCAGCCCGAAAACCCCCGUCCCGGUGCCCCCCGUGCUCUGGAGGAUCUUCCAGAAGAGAAAGACGCCUCCCCCGACGGACAAAGACCCCCUGGAUGCCUGUAGGGUGGAGGAAUUUAAUGUCCUCGGGAACAUCAUCCGAGUCCUCGCUGACCAAGGCCCCUUCAUGCCCGAGGAGCAGCCCCAGGGGUGGCUGUGCCUGCGGAAGCGCCUGUUCUUCAACCUCUCCGUGCUGGAGGAGGGCGAGCGCUUGACCAUGGCCCAGCUGGAGAUCAAAUUCCACCACAAUUCCUACCACCCCUCCCGCCAGGGGCAGGUCUUUGAGCUGAGGCUCUUCCAGCCCCCCGAGGCGUCCCCCCCGGGGGUGCCCGAGCCCAGGCAGAGCCCGCUGGUGGAACAGUCCUUUGCUCAGCUGCACAAGUCCCUCCUCUUCAACCUGAGCGCGGCGGCGGCGAAGGAGCGGAGGACGCGCGGCGGGAGCUUGGGAUUGAUCCUGGAGAUCUCGGCGGGCAUCGUCGGGGCCAGCGGAGCCCCGCGGGACCUCUGCUCCGGCAUCGACUCCUUCCUGGACACCUCCCUGCUGGUGGUGACGCUGAGCCAGCAGUGCCAGGCCCCCCGGAGGAGGAGGAGGAGGAGGAGGAGUGCCGGGCUGCCCCCGCUCACCCCGAGCAACCUGUGCCGGGCGCGGCGGCUCCACAUCAGCUUCAGCGACGUGGGCUGGGAGAACUGGAUCAUCGCCCCCCAGGGCUACCUGGCCAACUACUGCCGGGGGGAGUGUCCCUUCCCCCUGACGGCCGAGCUCAACAGCACCAACCACGCCGUCCUGCAGACCAUGGUGCACUCGCUGGACCCCCAGGGCACCCCCCAGCCCUGCUGCGUCCCCGUCAGGCUCUCCCCCAUCUCCAUCCUCUACUACGACAACAGCGACAACGUGGUGCUGCGGCACUACGAGGACAUGGUGGUGGACGAGUGUGGCUGCAGGUAGAGGGGCGGCAGGGGGGUGGCUGCCGGGCGGAACAAACCCCCCAGGUGGUUCCAUCCCCUCCGUGCCGCUGGUCGGGGAGUUUCCCGUGGCUGCGUCGGGGGGGUCGGAGAGCUCUGGGGUGGCAGGAAGGGAUCGUGGCUGGAGUGGUUUAGGGCUGAAGUUGUGAUUUAGGGCUGGAGCUGUGUUUUUUAGGGCUGGACUUGUGAUUUAGGGCUGGAAUUGUGAUUUAGGGCUGAAGUUGUGUUUUUUAGGGCUGGACUUGUGGUUUAGGGCUGGACUUGUGAUUUAGGGCUGGACUUGUGAUUUAGGGCUGGACUUGUGAUUUAGGGCUGGACUCGUGGUUUAAGGCUGGACUUGUGGUUUAGGACUACCUGGGUGCUGGGCUGGGAUUAUGAUCAAGCCUGGUGCUGGUUUUCCAUUCCCUGUUCCACAGGGGGUGGCAGCACCAGGCUGUGAGUCCCAGACCCCCCCUGAGCUGUUGUUGCUUUGGGUUCCUCGGCUCGGCACCUUUCUCGGGGCAUAAACGGCUUUUGGGGGUGAAAUGGGGCUGGGGGGUCCCCGAGAGGGGAGGAGGUGACUGGUGCUGAGGGCACGAGCUCUGGGUGACCAAAUCCCACCCCCGGGGGGGAGGCAGAGCCCGGGGUGGGACACACGAGGUUUCCUCCCUGGCUGGGGGAGCUCAGCCCUGAGCUGGUUUUAUGGUGACAGGGUGGCUUGGGGGGCCAGAGGGGGUGGGUGGCCAAAUGCAACGGAGGUUUUGCCCCAAAAAAGCCCCCUGGGAGCUGCAGGAUGGAAGUUGUGGCCGAGGGGGGGGGGCUGUGGUGGAGGGUGGGCACGGGCAGGGGGUCGGUGGCAUCUUCUCCCCUCCCAACCCGCUGUGUCAGUAUUAAUUUACCUCAUUUGCAAAUGGAUGAGCCCGGGGUGGCCUCUGUCCCUGAGUGUCCCUCUGUCCCCGCGUGUCCCUCUGUCCCUGAGUGUCCCUCUGUCCCCGCGUGUCCCUCUGUCCCUGUGUCCCCCCCAGGUGGCAGCCGAGCACCAGGCACGGGCAGAGCUCUCAGGCCCUUGUGCAUUUUUAGGGUUAUUUCGGGUUUAUUUGUUGCUUUCUGGCUUGGCCCCAGGCCCCUGUAGUGGUAUUUAACGCCCCUAACGAGCAGCCCCGGGCAGCAGGGCCCCAAAUCUGCCCCGUCCCCCCUCCUUGACCACUUUUCUUCCACUUCCCAGCGCGUGGGCUCCGAGUUUUCCAGCAGCAGCUCGAGGUUUAAAUCCCAGGCCUGGCUCCUGAGUGUAUGUUCAAAGCCACCCCCAGCCCUUCAGGUGGGGCUUUCCUGACACCACUUUCAGGGUUUGUUUUUUUUAAUUAUUUUAGAGUAAGGGGUGGGAACAGAACAGGAGUCCGAGUUAGACUUGAAUUUUUUCUCUUUUUUUUUUUGGAACUGUGAACCUGCCCCUGCGGCCUCUGUUUAUUUUCUCUGCUGUUUUUUGUGUCUUCUUCGAGGUCUGAUGAAGUUUUACCACCUCCUUUCCCCUCCCCCGUGGCAAGCACUGAGGGUUUAACCACUGUGGGGGUCCCCUGUGAUGGUGUUUUUUUGCUUAACAACACCCCCUAAAAUGUGUAGCUGAAGACCAAGACCGGAGCAGCUCGGGUACUUUUAGGUGUAGCUUUUACUAAUCUUUUCCCACCCAGUUGUGUUUUCCUGAGAGUUCCAGGGCAAGCCCAGCCCAGCCCUGCUCCUGCUGAAACCCACCUCAACCACUGAAGAUGUUCUAAGGGCUCAGAGUGGGGCUUAACUCCGGGGUGUUAAAUCCUAGAUUUGAGAUCAAGAGUAAAAAAAAAAAA